GGGGCAGCGCACUCUUGACUCCAGUUAGCAAGAUGGCAGCGAAAAGCCGAUCGAGAAUGUUUUCAUCAUCUGUUCUGUGUUUUUCCUUCAGAGAACUAGCUUUUUAAAGGCUUUCAUUCAACGAAAUUUAAGAAUAUGGAUGCUCCCCUGAGGCACUUGACUGAAGAUGAUGAUCAUCACGAAGAAGGUGCUGCAGAUAAUCCUAUGUUAAAGGAAGGUGUGGCAAGUUUGCAAGAGGAGCUGCAAGAAUUUCGUGAACAAUGGCAGCAUGAAUUACAGGCAGCAGGCCAACAGAAUUCAGAUUCAGGGCAGCAGAGAAGCUCUAAGAGUGUGGAAGAAGAGGCCAAGAAGCUGUUUCUGCAGGGCAUGCAGGCUGAACAGAAUGGCCAUAUGUACGAAGCUGUGCAGUUUUACAGACAUGCUAUGCAGCUGGUGCCAGACAUUGAGUUCAAGAUUGAUUUUCCUCAAAACAGAAAUCCUAGAGAGAGACAAGACAGUGAAAGUUCAAUGGAUGGCAGUGCGUGUGAAGAGAUAGACGAGGAUCUUGUGAUGCACUUUCAGAAUAUCAGGCUUAGCAACAGCAGCAUCUGUGAGCCUGCAUAUGAGCAGCGGGCUACACACAUUUGUAAGUUACCUGUGGAGGUACUUAUGUACAUCUUUUACUGGGUGGUCUCCUCAGAGCUGGACGUGCGGUCUUUGGAAAUGCUAUCAGAGGUGUGUCGUGGUUUUUACCUUUGUGCUCGGGAUGAAAAUCUCUGGAAAGCAAUUUGUCUGAAAAUUUGGGGUAAAAAUUGUGGGAGCAGUAAGAAAUAUGGAACGUGGCGUAGGAUGUAUCUUGACAGGCCACACUUGCUUUUUAAUGGGUGCUACAUCAGCCGUGCCACAUAUUUUAGGCAAGGAGAGCAAGGUAUGGACCAGUUUUACCGACCUUUUCACAUGGUUGAGUAUUACCGCUAUGUGAGAUUUUUCCCAGACGGUAGUAUGUUAAUGGUAUGCAGCCCAGAAGAACCAAGCACAGUUUUGCCCAAGCUGAGGACAAUAACAUACCGCUUUCAAGGGCUUCUGACUGGUUAUUACAAACUUUAUAGCACAAAGGCUGUCUGUGUGCUCAAACGAGUGAAAUUGAUGGAGCCAGUGACAAGAUACAAGCGGCGACAGCCAGCAAACCAGAAUGACAUAGAUCAGACUUACAGUGUGGAGUUUGAAAUGGUAGAUUCAGGUCGUCGACGCCACUGUCGUCUCAACUGGCUUGCUUAUUCUGUCUGCACUCUGCACAAGGCAUCAGGACAUGAAUCCGUGGCUCAGUUUGACCUGAAGAGUUCUGCAUAUCCACCCUUGAUCUUCUCACGUGUGCGCAGCUACACUGCUAUGUCAGAUGCCCCACUGCAGUGAUAUUUGCAUCAGCCACACCAAAUAAAUCAGGUUAUGCUGAUUGUGUCAUCCAGCCAGCUCUCACUGAUGAAAUCUGUGUAUAUAUAUAUACCUAUGUUUGUUUUGAGGUUACUGUAGUUCUGUAGCUUCUGUUACAUUAUUUCACUCAGUAGUCAUAUUGGUCUUAACCAGUUCUGUUUACUGCCACAUAACAGCUGGUUCUAAUUGGGUGUUUCGUCCCACAUUUCUACCAGCAAUAGGAGUCUUCUUCUCAGUCAGUAGCAGGAGAAUGGAUCAUCUGAUCACCAGUUUAUAACUAUUGAUGACAACAGCUGGAAUUGUUUUUCCUGCUUAUUUGCUGUAUGUGUCAUACAUCUGACAUAAAAGAAUAUGGCAGUGCAUGUCUCCAUUGUGGACGAUGAACUGGCUAUGGCUGAUAACCUCUUUCCUAUGGCAAAGAGGUAGCACUGAUAAAUCAAUGGUUUCUCAGCCAUAUUUCUGCAUAAUUAAAAAUAUUUUUUAAAUAGUUGUGCUUUUCUAACCAUUUAUUUAGUUCACUAAAUAAGUGGGAAACAUAAUUAAAGUAUGUCAGUGAAAGAAGUCAUUUAAAGCCUGUAAGCACUUCUUUUUUAGGGAUAUAUAAAAGCAUUGUGAGUGGCGGUCAAAUGACAAUCAGAUGUUGCAGUGGAAGGCAACAAAAUCUGCAGUAAUACCCAAACAUUAGAUUGCCUAUUAGUCAAAAGAUGAAAUCAAAAUAUCAUCUAAAAUCCAAGGGUGAUGGUACAUUGGGAAACUUUGUGGCUUAGGCUUUUAAGCAUUUAUGCAUUGCAGUCUUUUGCCUUAAGUAUUACUUCAUUAUAGCUCAAGGCUUUUGACUUGUUGUGUGAAAGGUGGAAGCAUUCUUCAUUUGUAUUUAAUGGUUUCCCUUGGAGAUGUGUUUAGUGUACACAUACUGGUUAACGGAUGUUUUUUUUUUUACUGAAUAUUUUCUUUUGUCUCUUUUAGAAGUUUAUAUGUAGACCUUCAGCUGCUGCCUUGAACUUUAUCAGAUCCUCUCCACAACUGAUUUUAAUAAACUUAAGCACAAAAGUUAUUAUUAAAGGAUUGUGUCACAUCUCACAUGCAGUGCUUGGCGGAUGCUAGUUGUAGAAAAGGCAAGUUCACCUUAUUGUGAGUCUGACCUUUGACCUGUCCCCAGGAUUUUGGUUCAUUCUUGGCUUGCCAAUCCUUAUUAGAGUGGUGGGGUGAACAUGUUGCACUGCUUCCAACAGAACCCUAUCCACUUGCCUUGGGCUGUUGAUCAUGAUGAUGAUCAGAAGGAAAAGUUACUUUUGUCUUUUGAUGUCACUUGUUUUGUCAGGAAACUGCAGUCAGUAAAAGUGAACUUGUAGAGAGUCAUUGCUGUUAAUGGCACUACAGCAGCAUCCCUGAAGGUCUGUAGGACAUGGAGAGAGCAGCUGCCAUCUUUGACCUUUCUUUUGUAAGGAUCAAAAAUGUAAUGCAGGAGACAGGUCAGGACCAGUGCAGUAUUUUGGGGGAUGGUAUGAUGAGAAAUUUAUGCCUAAAAAAUGAAAAUUGUUGAUUGUACUUUUUUUUAUCAAGUUAAAACCCUUCUGUUCAUGAGCUUACAUAGCCAGAGUUUGAUUCAGCCAUUUUCAGAAAACUUGCAUGGUUUUCCUGUGUGGCAGUGAAGGAAAAAGAUGAUGGAAUUAAAACUACAGUGUAUAUGUAUAAAUUACUGACCCAUAGUGAUUUUUUGAGGGAAGAAAAAUGUGCAACUAAAAAAUUGGCUUGAAUUUUGACCCGUGAUGAUUUUUCUGAAAAAAGUUGUGGAAUUAAAAAUGUUUUUAAGUUUU